AUGGCCGACACAGGGACGGGGCUGGUGCUGGGCUACGACGGCGUGCACCCCUUCUCGCGGGUGCAGCUGACGGGCCGGGCGUCGGUGCAGGAGCUGCUGCGGACGGUGCUGGACCCGCUUGAGCCCUUCUUCUCGCCGCUCAAGGCGCGGGUGCGGUGCCCGGGGGCGACGGCGGUGCGCUUCGACCAGACGGCGUCCGAGGUCGAGGGCAUCUGCCGCCCGCUGUGGGGGCUCGCGUGCCUGCUGGCCGGCGGCGGUGAGUACCGCGGCACCCAGUGGUGGGUCGACGGCAUCCGCGCCGGCACCGACCCCGACAGCUCCGAGUACUGGGGCUACCCGCGCGACAACGACCAGCGCAUGGUCGAGAUGUGCCCCCUCGGCUACGCCCUCGCCGUCGCCCCCGUCAUCUGGCAGUCGCUCUCGCCCUCCGAGCGCGUCAACGUCGAGAACUGGCUGGGCAACUCGAUCAACGAGAAGAAGUUCGCCCCCCCAUACAUCUCAGUGGCUGUCUGUUUCAUGCCCAACACCAACUGGCUCUGGUUCCGCGUCUUUGCCAACCUGGGCCUGAAGAAGAACGGCGGCAAGUUCUCGCAGGACCGGCUGGACGCCGACAUUGAGCAUCUCAACACGUUCUAUCGCGGCGGCGGCUGGUCCAACGACGGCCCGGAAGGAAUCCAUCAAAUGGAUUACUACUCGUCGAGCUUUGCCAUCCACUUCCUGCAGCUCCUAUACGCCAAGCUGGCCGGCGAGGACGAGCCGGCCCGCGCCGCCGAGUUCAAGCGCAGGGCCCAGGCCUGCGCCCUCGAUCUUGUGCACUACUACGACAAAGAGGGGCGAUCCAUUCCCUUCGGCCGGAGCGUCGGCUACAGGUUCGCCAUGGUGUCGUUCUGGGGAGCUCUCGCCUAUGCCGGCGUCGAGCUGCCUGCGCCGCUGACCUGGGGCAUGGUCAAGGGCAUCGUGCUCCGCCAUUUCCGGUGGUGGCAGACGCAGCACGACAUGUGGAGCCCGAGCGGCACCUUGACAGUCGGGUACUCGUACCCGAAUAUGUAUAUGGCCGAGAAUUACAACAGCCCAGGAAGCCCGUAUUGGGCGUGUCUUGCCUUUAUAUGCCUCGCAGUACCCGAGACACACCCUUUCUGGACCUCCAAAGAGGAGAACCACUGGGACGUCAUCCCCAAGAUAAAGGCUCUCGAGCAGCCGGGACACAUUAUGAGCAACCUCGGCGGCCACUGCAUGUUGCUCUCAUCCGGCCAGGCCUGCAGCUACCCCAUGAAGGGAACGCACUCCAAGUACGGCAGCUUCGCCUACAGCAGCGCGUACGCGUACUCGGUGCCGCCGGGGCUGUUCACGCUGGAGCAGUACGCGCUGGCGUCGCAGCUGGGCCUCUCCGACGACGGGGGCGAGUACUGGAAGACGCGGCGGCUGUCCGAGUCGCGGCUCGAGACGGCGCCCGACGGGAGCGGGCCGGUGUUGGUAUCUUUGUGGGCGCCCUUCCCGGACGUGAAGAUCAAGACGUACCUGGUCCCACCGACGGCGGCGGCGCCCAACUGGCACCUGCGGGUGCACCACAUCGCGGCGGGGCGUGAAGUCAUGACGGCGGACGGGGCCUUCGCCAUCUCCAACCAGCGGGCGGGCGACGGGCGGUACUUGGACCUGUACGACGCGGCCAAGGCUGAGGGCACGCGGCCCAAGCUGAUCGGCAACUACGACCUCAGCACCCCCGAGGCGUGGGCCACGGGGGCGCAGGGCGCCUUCGCCGUGUCCAAGGGCGCCGUGGGCAUCCGCGCGCUCGAGCGGGACCUCCUCGCUGGGGGAGGAGGAGAGCGCACGGCCACGCUCGUCAACGCCGACCCGAACUCGAACCUCGUCGAGAGCCGCACCACCAUCCCCACGCUCCAGCACACCAUCCGCCGCGGCCGCGCCGUGUGGUACGUGUCGGCCAUCUACGCCAAGCCCAGCGGCGACGGCGUGCCCCGCCAGUCGUACCUCGACGGCUGGGACAGCCCGCCCGCCAUCCCGGCCUGGCUGGCCGACGACAUGGCUCGCACCGCCCCGUCCAAGGGCGGCAUUAGUAGCCGGCUGUAGAUGAGUGCGCAAAAGGUUAUGAUGGGGACGAAGUUGUUAUGGGGCGGAAAGCGGGAGCCAGGAAGUGAAUCUCGAAAUAAAACACACACUUGAUUUAGUUACCUAGGUAGGUAUCACGAAAUUAUGACCUGAUUCUGAACUUCUAUUGUCCGGAUUUUUGCCUGCCAGUCUGUGCCUGCCAGUCUGUGCCUGCCCCUUUGUCUAGGCGAGGUGAUGAUUUGAUGUCUGAC